UCUCUCUCGCUUGUGAAAACAAUACAUGUAUUUCCCAUCCAAAACAAAAACACAGUGUACGUUAGCCCAAUCAAGCAAGAUAUUCAUCCUAUGGAUUUUUCUCUACCCACUGAACCCAUGAAUCACAAGAGAAAAAACCCAGACCCAUCUCCUGACUCGGACGAGUCAACAACCCAGCUAUCCUCACCAUUCCCAGACGAAGUUCUCGAACGAGUUCUCUCUCUCUUAAACUCCAGAAAAGACCGUAACUCGGUCUCUCUAGUCUGCAAAGACUGGUACGAUGCUGAGCGCUGGUCAAGAACCCACGUGUUCAUCGGAAACUGCUACUCAGUCUCGCCGGAGAUACUGACUCGGCGAUUCCCAAACAUUCGUAGUGUGACCCUCAAAGGGAAACCCAGGUUCUCGGAUUUCGAUCUGGUUCCACCCAAAUGGGGUGCGUAUGUUCACUCUUGGUUGCUCGUUUUUGCGACCAAGUAUCACUUUCUUGAGGAGCUUAGGCUUAAGAGAAUGACUGUUAGUGAUGAGAACUUAAAGCUUUUGGCUCUUUCUUUUCCUAAUUUUAAGGCUCUCUCGCUUUUGAGCUGUGAUGGGUUCAGCACUGAUGGGCUUGCCUCCAUUACCACUCAUUGCAAGAAUUUGACCGAGCUCGAUAUACAAGAGAAUGAUAUCGAUGAUAAAAGUGGUAAAUGGUUGAGUUGCUUCCCUGAAAACUUCAUGUCACUGGAAGUACUAAACUUUGCCAAUUUGAAUAGUGAUGUUAAUUUUGAAGCUCUUGAGAGACUGGUUAGUAGGUGCAAAUCGUUGAAAGUUUUAAAGGUUAAUGAAAAUAUGACCUUGGAACAAUUACACAGGCUGCUUGUUCUUGCUCCUCACUUAAGGGAGCUAGGUACUGGUUCACUUUUGCAAGAGCUUACGCCCCGCCAGCACUCAGAGCUCAAAAGUGCAUUCAACAAUUGCAAGAAUCUAAACAUGCUCUCUGGUUUUUAUGAAGUUACAUCCAUAUUUCUUCCAGUUCUUUACCCUGCCUGUACAAGUUUGACAUUCUUGAAUUUGAGCUAUGCUGCUUUGCGAAGUGAUGAAUUGUCUAAUCUUCUUGUUCAUUGCCCACUUCUUCAGCGCCUCUGGGUCCUGGACUCGGUUGAAGAUGAGGGAUUGGAAGCAGUCGGAUCAAACUGUCCUCUACUUGAGGAACUCCGUGUCUUCCCUGCAUCUGAUCCGUUUGAGGAUGAAAUUUUACAUGGGGUGACUGAAGCUGGGUUCUUAGCUGUGUCAUAUGGCUGCAAGAAACUCCACUAUGUUCUCUACUUUUGCCGACAGAUGACUAAUGCUGCAGUAGCAACCAUUGUGCAGAACUGCCCUGAUUUCACCCACUUCAGGCUUUGCAUAAUGAACCCACGCCAGCCAGAUUACCAAACAAAUGAACCCAUGGAUGAGGCUUUUGGUGCAGUGGUGAAAACUUGCACUAAACUCCGGAGGCUUGCAGUUUCAGGUUUAUUGACUGACCUUACAUUUGAGUACAUUGGGAAGUAUGCCAAUAACUUGGAAACACUUUCUGUUGCAUUUGCUGGCAGCAGUGAUAGGGGCAUGGAGUGUGUAUUGAAAGGUUGUCCAAAGCUGAGGAAACUUGAGAUAAGGGACUGCCCGUUUGGGAAUGCAGCUUUGCUAUCAAGUUUCAGGAAAUAUGAAUCAAUGAGGUCACUCUGGAUGUCAGGCUGCAAAGUGACAAUGGAUGGCUGUAGAUUGUUGGCACAAGAGAUGCCCAGGUUGAAUGUGGAGGUAAUAAGGGAAUGCGGGAAUGAUGGUUUUCAGGCUGAUAAACUUUAUGUUUAUCGUUCUGUUGCAGGGCCAAGAAAGGAUGCCCCAUCUUUUGUUCUCACUCUUUGAGUUAUGCACACUAAUCUCCAUUUCUCUCUCUCUCUCUCUCUCUCUCUCUCUCACACACACACACACACACACACAAAUAGGAGGGAUGAGAGUGCAAAAUUGUUGCCUCGACCUUGUCUGGAGAAUCUGCUUCAAUUACUCACUAUUGUAUUUUGCUUUUUGUUCCCCCUUUGUUGGGUUUACUUCCCUCGCAAACCAAAGGCAAAGCUCAAAAUGAUAUUAGAUAAAACCAGGUUUCUUAUGUGUAAAUUACUGUAGAAAAUAAUCUUUAAGAUUUUGAUUUC